AUGGAUUACGAGAGCGCUGCCGGCAACAAGAGUCGUCUCGUUCCGCUGAAAACCACACUGGAAGUGGAGACUCGAGACAGAGUCAUCAAUGUUUAUGUUAAUGCUAUCCCUGUGAAACAAGCAAGUAAUGCUUUAAGCAUAAUUCGUCGCCUCAUACCUAAUGAUGGCGGGCUAGAUCUUCAACACCUUCGACGAUUUGUGAAAUAUGAUGACGCCCCUCCCCAUGUUCGAGCCUCCAUUUCAGAAACCAGGUCGCUCGUUACUCCGGGACCCGAAAAUGAGACACCCAAGGAACUCAUUUUCAUCGCGGGCUCGGUAGAUAGCAUUUCAAAGGAAUCAUUGAUAGAAGGUCUAUCCUCUAUAUCCAACCCAGUUUGUAUCUGCUCUAUCCAGGUGCCUCUUCUCGCGCCAACUUCCCAUGAGCAGGCUGCAUUCUGGACCUCUCGGUAUUGGCCUACGGUAUACAAAAAAAGCAACCCGUUUGGCCCUCAUCCCAGUAUAGUAUCGAGAGCGGAGGAGGACAUCAACGAGGAUGUUGAGAAAUGGAUGGCUCUCGCGGACGGGGCAGCCCAAGAGGCACGAGCUACGGGUUCUGGCGAAGACAUUGGCGUCGUCAUCGUCACCAGGAAAAAUGGGAUAGCGCGCCCUGUCGCUAUUGCCGGCGAUGCAAGGUGGUUGGAUUGGCCUCAUUCUUCACGGGGGAAUGUUGCUGCUCAUGCCACUCUCCGUGCUAUAGCAAUGGUUGCCGACGGGCUGCGAGCCAGAGAUGAGGACCAGCAAGGAGUUUCCGACAUCACGAUUCCGGCCGAUACUGGCAUAUUUCGGGAUCAGCCACGUAUGCCGACAGAACAAUGCCGGUCACCUAUUGAUGACGACGGAUACCUUUGCCAUGAUCUGGAGAUCUAUUGCACGCAUGAGCCAUGUGUCAUGUGCUCGAUGGCUAUCGUGCAUUCAAGGUUUGGUCGAGUGGUUUUCCGCCGGCGCAUGCCUUCAACAGGGGGGCUUUGUUCAGACGGUGAACUCGGUCAUGGCCUGUUCUGGCGUAAGGAACUGAACUGGACAUUACUUGCCUGGCAUUGGUCUUCUGGUACAGAUUCCAUUGGCACUUGUGGGGUAGAAUCGGAUCUUCAUGCAUAA